GGCUUUAGUGCCCGUUUAAUUUGGAGCCAAAAUAGUGGCGGAUUAUUUGCCUUUCAUUCCCCCUCUUCCUCCCCAAAAAACAAUAAAUUUGACACAACUUUGACGUCUCUCUCCACUCCCAGACGUGAAGAAUGUCGUCGAUUCCUCCUAAAUCAUUCUCCAUAGCCGCUUCCGCACCAACGCCCGGCAAGGGAUGCCUUGAUGGAACUUUUUACUUUCCGGAACAGUUGAUUCCUGAAAUAUUACUGCAUCUUCCGGUCAAGCAUCUCCUUCGCAUUAGAUGUGUGUGUAAACCAUGGUGUUCUCUUAUUGAUAGCCCAAGCUUUGUCAAAAGACAUCUGCAAAGAAACAUUGAAACAAACCCUGAUUCUCAUAUCAUUUUAAGAUCUUGCUCAAGUGGUAGCAACUUUUUCAUGGCGGAUGUGCAUUCUUUAUGUAAUUCCCCUGCUGUUGAAAUAGAUGAUCCGGUCAAGACUUAUCUAUCUGGUGCUGAGUUUCUUGGUUCUUGCAAUGGCAUAGUCUGCUUGUUGAAGAAUAAUACUGAUAUUUUACUAUGGAAUCCAGCAACGAGAAAGCUUAGAGAGUUGCCUAAACCAACUAGUUUCACUCUUCCUUCCAGUUUUAUGGGGUUUUCUAUAUUUGGUUUCGGGUAUGAUCACCUCAAUGAUGACUAUAAGGUUGUGAAAAUUUUUGAUUAUCAGAUUUGGGGAAUGUUGGUGACCGUAUACAGCCUAAAAAAUGAUUCAUGGAGACAGGCUGAAGCCAUUCCCAAGGACAUCAGCAUAACUACAAAACGUGGUAUGUAUGCGAAUGGGUCUUUGUAUUGGGUUGCAACCAAGGACUCCCCUGUUAUAUUUGCUUUUGAUCUGGGAGUUGAAAGACACAGGGAGCUCCCGUAUCCUACUUACAACAAUGAGAAUGAUCAGACUGCCGGCAUGGGUAUGAUUAUCUUUGAUAGAUGUCUCCGCAUAAUUGAUCAUUAUUCUGGCUAUCGUACGGAUUUAUGGCUGAUGAAUGAUAAUGGAGUGGGAAAUUCAUGGUCCAUGGUACUGUCUUUGGAGCAGCGAGACACACAAGGACCUUAUACAAUUGUUUGGCAUAAUGAAUUUUCAAAAACUCGCAAUGAUUUAUUCAUAACCGUGGACGAGGAUAGGCUGGUGUGGUAUGACCAUAAAAAGAAUGAAGUUAAGAAUGUCACAAUUCGCGGGGUUCCACCUCCGUCUCAAAUGCUCGUGUACACUGAGAGUCUUGUUCAGCUUGGUUCUGAUCCCAAUUUCAACAGGAUGAAGCUGUUAAAGCAGUCAGAUAAAAAGAAAUAUAAAGGGAAACAACUAAAGAAUGACCAAAUGAGCAGUUAUCUUGCUAAGGGGUUUAAGUUGAAGCUGUAAGACGAAGGAUUGAGAAAAGGAAAGGAGUAGACUUCUUUUAUAUAUUGUUCUAGUUCUUGCAUUAAGGAAGUCGGAGUGUUCGGCAUUGCAGGGACAAUGUACUAGAAAGGUGGGCAGAAUGGAAUUUUAGAAGUUUCAUAUUUUUGAGCUAAUUUAGUAGCCUACUGUGCAUUACUUUCCGGUUUCUGUCUCAGUUUGGACUUAUCUUUUGUUAUUGGCAAGUUUUAAUGCUUCUUUAGUUGUAAUCCAGAUGGUGGCUUUAUUGACCGAAAUGUGAGGAAAUCGUGGGCUUAAGAUUAAUCUUUUUUGUGAA